AAGCAAACGAGUAUGUUCAUUAUAUCGUCGUUCUUAUCAUAAGUUUUAUCUAUUUUACAUCAAACUCUUUUCUCAUCAUGACCUCAUCUCUGGACAGUCUAAAGAAGUUGACCACUGUAGUGGCUGACACCGGUGACUUCGAAGCGAUCGCCGCUUACACACCUCAAGACGCAACAACAAACCCGUCGCUACUGGCCGCUGCUGCCAAGAUCGAGAAGUAUAGUGCACUUGUCGAAGACGCCUGUCAGUAUGGCAAGAAGAACGGCGAGACCAUCGAGCAACAGGUUGAGUCUGCUAUGGAUAAGCUUUCUGUGAACUUCGGAUGUGAAAUUUUGAAGAUUGUCCCUGGUCGCGUGUCAACAGAAGUAGAUGCAAGACUCUCUUUUGAUACCGAGGGCAGCAUAGCAAAAGCUCACACCUUAAUGGCGCUAUACAAGGAAAAGGGCUACGGCCCCGACCGUAUCUUAAUUAAGCUUGCAUCUACUUGGGAGGGAAUCCAAGCGGCCAAGGCUCUGGAGGCUGAGGGAAUCCAUUGCAACAUGACAUUAAUUUUCAACUUUGCCCAGGCUGUCUGCUGUGCUGAGGUGAACGCAACUCUUAUCUCACCGUUCGUAGGACGUAUCUUCGAUUUCUACAAGAAAAGGGAUAAUGUCGAGAGCUACGCACGAUUGGAGGACCCAGGAGUUGUCUCAGUAACGAAAAUUUACAAUUAUUACAAGAAGCACGGUCACAACACAAUUGUGAUGGGUGCAUCUUUCAGAAACACAGAGGAGAUCAUGGGAUUAGCCGGUGUGGACUACCUUACCAUCAGCCCAGGGCUUUUACAGAAGCUGCGCGAUUCUGAGGACGAGGUUCCCGAAGUGCUUUCUGUAGAGAAGGCGCAAGAGUUAAAUAUCCCCAAGGUGUCUUUCAACGAGGCGCAAUUCCGAUACGCUUUCAACGAAGAUGCCAUGGCCACUGAGAAGCUGGCUGAGGGUAUCAGAGGCUUUGCAAAGGACACUCUUGCUCUGGAGAAGGUUCUCACUGGAAAGAUUGAGGCUCUUUAAGUACGCACUGCGUGAGUUGGGUCACUAUCGAUGAUAAUAAAUUUACUAUAGAUACUG